CGAUGGCCCAAGAGUUGAGCCAGGAGGCUCUACUGGACUUUCUGUGCCAGGCCGGGGGCCGAGUGACCAAUGCCGCCUUGCUGAACCACUUCAAGAGCUUUCUCCGAGACCCCGACGCGCCCCCCAGCCAGCACCAGCGCCGCCGCGAGCUCUUCAAGGGCUUCGUCAACUCGGUCGCCGCAGUGCGCCAGGACCCCGACGGCACCAAGUACGUGGUGCUCAAGAGGAGGUACAGGGACCUUUUGGGGGAGGAGGGGCUGCAGCGACCCUGCGACCCGCCCGCGGCCGCUUCCCCUGCAGGAGGGGUUGCACCCUGCUACCCGCGAGGCGCGCGCCCGGGAGAGUCGCAGCCGCAGCCGCAGCCGCCCAGGCGGCGGCAGCGCGACCAGGAGCCGGAGGAGGAGCCAGCAGGUGCCGCAGCCCCAGCCGCCGACGCCGGCUGCAAUGGACUCCCCGCCAGUGGCGCCCGGGAAACGGCCCGGGGAGGCGGCGGGCGGAGAGGCAGCUCCGGCCACGGGGUCCCGACGAGGUGCGCGGCGGCGGAGACACAGGGCCGCUGCUGCUGGGAAUGCCAGCAAAACGGCCUGGGGGGACUCGGGGGCGACCUGCUACUCGGCGCAGUCUCGGACAACGCCACCGCCCGGGAGAGGGCGGCGCGGGCCCCGCGGGCCCAGGAUCACCGCGGGGCUCCCAGGCAGCAGCGGGAAGGAGCGUCCGCUGAACCCGAGUUGGGGUCCGCAGCGUCCCGCUCGCCUCCGACAGCCGUCGGGGCUGCUGGGAGCAGGGCGUCCCCGCCUGCUGUCCUGUCCGGGCCUACUUUCCCCCGAGAGCUGCAGGAGCUGCUGAGCCCGGGCUCUCUGCAGCAUUCGGCCCUACUGCAGCAGCGGCGCACUCGCGAAUGGGUGGCCAGACACCCGCAGAGACCCGAGCCCCGGGACCAGGGCCCCAUCCGCGCCUGGUCGGUGCUCCCAGACGAUUUCCCCCAGACACCCGCGCAGCUGAACUUCUGGGUCCCGGAACCUAACUCAGCGCCGCCUGGCCCCUCUCUUUCCUCUCCUGUCUUUCCGGCCGUCCGGGAAUCCUGGCAGGGGAAUCCGUCGUUGACGGUCUUUCGUAGCAUUCGUUGUCAGCUGUCCCUCCAAGAUCUGGAUGACUUUGUGGACCAGGAGAGCCAUGGCAGUGAGGAGAGCAGCAGUGGGCCCAGAGAGUCCCCUGGGGGUUCUGAAGAGGGCCAGCACGUGACCCUGGGGACAGACUGGAGAAAACUCAGGAAUCCAGCUGAGGGCCUUUCUCCAAAGGAGGGCAACUCCAGCAAGAGCCCUCAAGGCCUCAAGCCCGGAGGGGAUGGUCACAUCUCUCAGCAGGUCCCAGCAAGGGCUAAUGGCCUUGCAGGCUCCCCCCAGGAGCCUUUGUCCUGGUCAGCACCCAAGUUAAGGAGAUCCCUCAGGAGGAGCUCUCAGGCAGGGAGAGCCAAACUGUCCUCCUCAGAUGAAGAACACCUCGAGGAGGACUUGCUGAAGAGGACUCGGCGCCCACCCCGGUCCAGGAAAACCUCCAAGGCAGGGGCGGUGCCCAACCCAAGGGUGGAUGCUGCUUUAACACCCAGACCUGCAGACCUUAGGGCUGCUGUUGCUCAGAGGGGUCCACAGUCACACAGCUCGGGGGCCCCAGGUGGGGAGGAGCCUGCAUCCUUGGUCCUGCACAGACCUUCUGAGCACAAAUCAUCCCUGGUGCCCCUGGAUGCCAGGGAGCAUGAGUGGAUUGUCAAGCUUGCCAGUGGCUCUUGGAUUCAGGUGUUGACUUUGUUCUGGGAGGACCCCCAGCUGGCUUUGCACAAAGAUUUCUUGACUGGGUACACGGCCUUGCACUGGAUGGCCAAACAUGGUGACCUCAGGGCUCUUCAGGACCUGGUCUCAGGUGCACAGAAAGCAGGGGUUGCUCUUGAUGUAAAUGUGAAGUCCAGCUGUGGAUAUACCCCUCUGCACCUUGCAGCCAUUCACGGCCACCAGGGGGUCAUCAAAUUGCUAGUGCAAAGGUUGGCUUCUCGGGUGAAUAUCCGGGACAGCAGUGGGAAGAAGCCAUGGCAGUAUCUGACCAGCAACACCUCUGGGGAAAUAUGGCAGCUCCUGGAAGCCCCUCGGGGCAAGCCCAUUUUUCCUGUCUAUCCCCUAGUUCAAAGCUCUUCCCCCACCAGGAAGGCCAAGAGCCGGGAAAUAUCUAGAAAUAUCACCCGAAAGACAUCCUUUGCUGCAUUACUCAAAAGUCAGCACAGCAGAUGGAAAAUGGCCAACCAGUAUGAGAAAUUCCAUACUCCCAGGGAAAGAGAAGAAUAUAGUGACUGAGGUGGGCCCCUCUUUGCUACAUCAUCCACUCUAUCCCUGUACUUGAACUAUUCAGGGAGAGAAUUUAAGGGGAAUAGAAAAAUUGCUGAGAUGUUGGUAAAGAAAGAGGUCAAGUUGAGAUGGCCUGCCUAGUGUUUAUCUGCCUGGAUUGUAGGUCAGCAAAUCCUGGACCUUGGGGGUCAUCCACGCUCUCUGGGGGCCAAGUCCUUGGGCCAGUGAAACCUAGACCAGGGACAGAGUGAGGGGCUUAAAACCCCCGAGGUGUUCUUCUUCUUCCAUUGCCAGCAUGGAUCAGGGUACAGUGAGCCACAUUGUUUUCCAAAGCAGUAAUCCCAGGCCUUGGCUAGAGAGUGAACAAAUGUCUAAGAAAAAGGGAGGCAAUUCCAGGAAGCUCAAACAAAAUCCUCUCUGGCUAGGAGCUCUCUGGCUUCUGCUCAUUUGGAGGAUAAAUCUUGGCUGAGGAGUGAGUGGAAAGCACCAAUUUUGAAAUCAGAUGACUCCCUCUUUCAUUCCUUUUUCUUCUUUCUCCUCUUCUUUCUCCUCUCUCUCUCUCUCUCCCUUCAUUUCUUCCUUCCUUCCUUUCCUUUAUUUUAUUUUCUCUAUUUUGUUCCCAUUAAUAUAAAAUCACAUAGGCAACAUUGCUUACUAGAUUCCCCCCAUUCUCAAGUCCCUACCACAUACCCCAUUACAGUCACUGUCCAUCAGCAUAGUAAGACGCUAUAGAGUCACUACUUGUCUUCUCUGUACUGUACUGCCUUUCCCUGUGACCUCCCUUACAUUUGUGUACUAAUCAUAAUACCCUUAUUCCCCUUCUCCCUCCCUUCCCAUCCACCCUCCCCAGUCCCUUUCCCUUUGGUAACUGUUAGUCCAUUUGUGGGUUCUGUGAGUCUGCUGCUGUUUUGUUCCUUUGAGUUUUUGUUUUGUUUUUAUGCUGCACAGAUGAGUGAAAUCAUUUGGUACCUGUCUUUCUCCUCCUGGCUUAUUUCACUGAGUAUAAUACCCUCUAGCUUCAUCCAUGUUGUUGCAAAUGGUAGGAUUUGUUUUCUUCUUAUGGCUGAAUAAUAUUCCAUUGUGUAUAUGUACCACACCUUCUUUAUCCAUUCAUCUACUGAUGGACACUUGGUUGCUUCCAUUUCUUGGCUAUUGUAAAUAGUGCUGCGAUAAACAUAGGGGUGCAUAUGUCUUUUUCAAACUGGACUUCUACAUUCUUAGGGUAAAUUUCUAGAAGUGGAAUUCCUGGGUCAAGUGGUAUUUCUAUUUUGAGUUUUUUGAGGAACCUCCAUACUGCUUUCCACAAUGGUUGAACUAGCUUACAUUCCCACCAGCAGUGUAGGAGGGUUCCCCUUACUCUGCAUCCUCGCCAGCAUUUGUUGUUCCUAGUCUUUUCUAUGUUGGCCAUUCCUUUCCUUUCUUUUUAUCUCUGCCUUCCUUCCUUCUUUCCUUCCUUCCUUCUUUCUCCCUUUCUUCUUUCCUUCUUUCUUUUUUUUUUUUUUGGCAUUCAAAACAGUGAAAGGAAAUUAUUAUUGAAGAGUAAAACUUGAUUUCAGAGAUUCCUCAGCCCUGUCCUCAGGUCUUCCUUUGAGUGCAACCCAAGGUGGCCAGUGUGUGAAAUGAUUAGUGCCUCAUUCAGGUCUCUGUGUGAUCAGAGAAGCAGUUAGGUAAGGUCCAGUUAUGAUUGACAUUCAGGCCCUGCUUUUUAAAAAUCAAGCUAAGAGGAACUUUCCAAAUGUAAAAACUGUCGACUGAUUUACACAGUGACUGCAACCAUCUUUCAAGGAAACUUCCUGAGUAAGAAAUGGCAGAAUUAGCAUUAGUAAUUUUCUGUAGACUUGAAUGGCCAGUGUUCAUUCUCUGGGAAGUGGUAAGGGUUAAGAGGUGAAUGCCUUCUCCCUAGGAAUUUUCUGAGCUGCUUAAUAUAAUUUUAUUUGCACUAAACUUGUUGCCAAAUAAGAUUAAAUAUUAGCCUUGAAGUGCUAUAUAUAACAGGAAGUGCUCCUUUUAAUUGUUUGUGAUGGAACCGAUCUUUGUAGGUCCUUGGAAUGAGGGAAUGGCUAGUCUAUAAACUGCAGUACAGCAUCAAGAUUUCAGAAUGUAAAUUCAAAGAGGGCUUAAAAAUUAAAUGUCCCUAUGGAAAUCGUUAAUUUUUUAUGGAAAUAUUUUCAUGUGCUGUAGCAAUAAUGUUGUAUUUUUUAAGUAUUUUUGUGGUUCUGCUUCAUUCCUCCAUUGAAAAUAUCAACAAAUCUUUAUAAUUUAUUGUACUUGUACUGAUGACCGUUAACUUUGUUACAAAAUUGUGUUUCAGUGAGUGUCAAAUAUUUUUGUUUCUUUGUAGUUUUACUUUAUAAUUUUGCAAAAAUAAAUAUAGCUCUGUUGUAUUAGAAAAAAAGGAAUAAUAAAUAAGUCUAAGGGUGGUUAUUUCCAGAAAGAUACACAAGGGAUGAAACUUUGG